AUGGCGUGGCCCACAGCCUCGUGUUCGCAUACCCGAUCUCGUCUUUCUGACAUCCGCCAGGACUAUGACUGUUUCUACGCGGCCGUCUUUGAGCACGAGCGGCCCGAGUUGAAGUCGUUGCCUUUGGUUAGUCGAGUGUUCCCGGCAUACGCAAGCAGCAGCGGUGCAACAGGUAAACAUGACAUGCGAUCAUCCCCCUCGCCCCCUCGCCUCCUCCCGUCGGCUGUAACCAAGACACUAAGCCGGCCCCAGAAGCAAAUCAUCGUCACCUGCAAUUACGAAGCCAGACGCCGGGGCUUGAAGAAGCUUCAGCUGGUCACGGACGCGAAGAAGAUCUGUCCCGACGUGGUCAUCGUCUUGGGAGAGGAACUGGGCAGGUUCCGAGAUGCCUCCAAGUCCAACUACAGAUUCCUAGAAUCCUUCACCUGGAGCGGGAAAGUCGAGCGGUUGGGCUUUGAUGAGGUCUUCAUGGACGUGUCGGACAUGGUGCAUUUCAACAUCGCCCUCCUGAAUCCACACGACCUCCCCCGCGCGUUUUUUCAGCUGAGGCCAGAUGAUCCGACGGUCGGCUUUGCGUUCGAUGCCACCGCCAUCGCCGGCCGUGGAUACCCACCCGACGGGCCCCUCCAGGCUGACCCACGCCACGAUGGGAACGAGGGGCUCAUGACACGCCUGAUUCUGGCGUCCCAUCUCGCGCAACACAUGCGGUGGCAGUUGGAGGAAGUGCGAGGCUAUACCUCAACCGUGGGGAUUUCGACCAACAAAUUGCUCAGCAAACUGGUUGGCAAUCGACACAAACCGAAAGGACAGACGACCCUACUCCCCCCGUAUGUCAGCUCCCAAGACGUGCCACAUGGAGCGAGCGAGAGCAAUGUGACGAGGUUCGUCGAUAGCCAUGACAUUGGCAAGAUUCCGGGCAUUGGGUUCAAGAUGUCGCAGCGAAUCCGGAACCACCUCCUCUCCCGCCCGGCCGAAUUCGACGCGGGCUUGAUCUAUGGUGGUACCCAGGAAUCGGUCACGGUCCGCGAUGCCCGAUUGUUCUCUGGCAUGGGCCCCGAGCUUCUGGAAAAGAUACUCGGAGGCCCGGGCGCAGAACGAGGCAUCGGUGGGAAGGCGUGGGGUCUGAUCAAUGGCAUCGACGACACCGAAGUUCACAAGGCCAAGAACGUGCCAACUCAGAUCAGUAUUGAGGACUCUUAUGUCCGGCUCGAUACGCUUCCCGAGGUUUCAACGCAGCUGCGGGCGCUUGCUACCAGUUUGGUCAAGCGGAUGCACGCAGACUUGCUGGAGGACGACGAGGAUGCCGACGCCACCACCAAAAGAUGGACCGCCUAUCCCAAGACGAUCCGUCUAUCUACGAGACCGCGACCUCCCUUGAAUGCGGACGGAACCAGAACGAGGUCAUUCAACCGCAUAUCGAGGUCCGGACCUCUCCCGAGCGCCGUGUUCAACCUGAAGGAUGGUAUCGAUGCUACCGUGGAGAGACUCGUCCAAGAAACGCUCAUACCAAUGUUCCGCAAACUACAUCCCUACCCCUCGGGAUGGAACCUGAGUCUGGUGAAUGUCGGAGUGACCAAUAUGGUCGAAGCCGCAAGCGAGGACGGUAAAGGGGGAGGGCGUGACAUCGGACGCAUGUUCAAGAGACAGGAGGAAGUACUCAAGGAGUGGAAAGUGGAGGAUAGAGAUGUGCCUCCCGACCCCGUUGCGGAGGAGGAGACCGCCGGCAGCGAGCUACCGGCACCUGACACUGGCCGAGCCGAUCCAAGUGCUGGAGAUGAAGCAUCGGACAGUGCCCUCCUGGCUGCUGGCUCGGAGGAUAACACGAUACGCCCGACGCAGAACACCAUUGCUGAGGAUGGCGUGUGGGAGGAUGACGAGGAAGAUGACGGCGAUCGGGAGCAGUGUAGUGAGUGCGGUGCUGUCAUGCCUGCAUUCGCGAUGGCUGCUCACGAGCGAUUUCACCGUUCGGGGGGGUAA